UAUUGUAUAUAAUGUUUUUAAACAAGAUUUUUGAUACAGGAAACUUACAAUGUGAACUGUGCAAAAAUAUAACACCAAAGCACAGCGCAUAUAUCUGUGAAUCUGGUCAUACUAUUUGUAUAAACUGUGACGUCGAUCUAAAUGCUACACACGAAGUUUCUGAACACGCAGGGGAAGAUAAAACAGAUGUUGAAUAUAAUACACUAAAUGAUUUAGCGGGUGGUGAUUAUAUUAAACAAAAAUCUAAAAAAAUGAUUGAUGAAAACAACUUAAGACAGACCAGUAAUGCACAUGAAACCACCGUAGUUUACAAGAAUUUCAGUUUCGACAACAAUGAAAGUAUAAAGAGCCUUAUCAAUAGCCAUGAUAGUACUAAUCAUGAAACGGAAAAAAUUAACAUAAGGCCUAUUACUUGUCCAAUGUCAUGCUGCAAAAAGACAGUUGCAUUUAAUUCAAUAUUGAAACAUUUCCACUUCGAUCAUUCAGAAAUAGCCACAUUACCGAUUAACAUGAGGAAAACUUUGAAGAUUUACUUAAAACCAAUAAAUUUGUCAAAAGAUACCAAAUGUGUGGCUAUUAUAAAUCCAAUAGGAAGUACGGGUUCUUUAAUGCUUAUGGCAGCUAAAGUGCAUGAAGGUUACAUAAUCCAUGAAGAUAAGCAAUCUGAAAACCUUUUUAACUCCAAUCUCGGUCUACAAGAUAAAAACGGAGAUGCAGAUCUUGAAAAAAAAGAUAAAUUUUCUCAACAUGUACAAAAAUCUUCAUUACAGCAAGUAAAAGAAAUGCAAGAAGACAUAAUUAUUUGGAUUUGUCGAUUAACUGAAUUUAAACAAGUGUGCUGUGUAAAAGUUAAACGCGACAACAUUUUAGGUUACAGUUACAUUGGAGAAGGUUUAGAUAUCAGUCAGCAUCAGGACCCUACAAGUGUAUUUAAGAGUCCAGAAUGUUUGUUAUUAAGAUACCAUUCUCUACCUAAAUUGUUAGACGACCAGGAACAGAUUCAUGUGUAUAUUAAUCUUUUAAAAUAA